AUGGAGGAUGGGAUUGGCUCAGCGCGGCAGCCAAUCACUCGACGGAGCUGCAAAGUGAUUGGACAGAAAUGCGCCAUCGGGUGGACCAAUCAGGAGCCCGAGAUGGGAGCCAAUGAGAAGAGAGAUGAUUUGGAUCCACCUGGAGGCUAUAAAAGGACUCCCUGGGGAAGGACAGGGUCCUCCAGAGCACCAGAAGAUCCGAACCCUGCAGAGACGUCCUCAUCUCCUCAUCUGCAGCCCCACAGCAUCCCCAUAGCCCUUUGGGACUGUCAAAGGCACAUCAAUGUUGGCAGUGAGUUUCAGGCCGAGCUCCCUGAGCUGCAGAGCAGAGCGCCAAGCGAGGAUGAGGAGCCUGCAUCCCUGGUGUGGAAGCCUUGGGGGGAAGAUGACUCUGACAUGCAAAAACCUGACAGAGUGAGAGAACUGUUGGACAUGGCCAGCUCCCGUGGCGUUCCCAGGGCAGAGGCUAAGCUGGAGCUGGCCCUGCACUGCCUGCACCAGGCGCGCGGCAGUGUUCCGGAGGCUCUGGAGAUGUUGCUCUCAGGGGGGCCUCCCACAGCUCCAGGCCAUCCCUUGGCUGAUUAUCAUUACGCAGACUCUGAUAGAUGGACACCUGAGGAGAAGGAGUCCUUUGAAAAGGCUUUGCACAGCUAUGGCAAGGAUUUUCAUCUCAUCCAGAAGCAGAUUCAGAGUAAGACUGUGGCCCAGUGUGUGGAGUACUACUACUGCUCCUGGAAGAAAGAACGGAAACUUGCCAGCGCUGCUGCUCAGAGUGUGGGCAAAGCAGAGAGGAGCAAAAGCCCUGGCAGGAAGGAGAAUGGCGAGCGAGGGAAGAGGAGCCGCAAGAGGCCCCGCAAGGCGGAGUGUCCCUGCUGCCCAGCGCCCCAGCCGCCCCGAUCGGCGCCAGGCCCCUUUGCGUGCCGGCAGUGCAAACGGCACAUCAAUGUUGGCAGUGAGUUUCAGGCCGAGCUCCCUGAGCUGCAGAGCAGAGCGCCAAGCGAGGAUGAGGAGCCUGCAUCCCUGGUGUGGAAGCCUUGGGGGGAAGAUGACUCUGACAUGCAAAAACCUGACAGAGUGAGAGAACUGUUGGACAUGGCCAGCUCCCGUGGCGUUCCCAGGGCAGAGGCUAAGCUGGAGCUGGCCCUGCACUGCCUGCACCAGGCGCGCGGCAGUGUUCCGGAGGCUCUGGAGAUGUUGCUCUCAGGGGGGCCUCCCACAGCUCCAGGCCAUCCCUUGGCUGAUUAUCAUUACGCAGACUCUGAUAGAUGGACACCUGAGGAGAAGGAGUCCUUUGAAAAGGCUUUGCACACCUAUGGCAAGGAUUUUCAUCUCAUCCAGAAGCAGAUUCAGAGUAAGACUGUGGCCCAGUGUGUGGAGUACUACUACUGCUCCUGGAAGAAAGAACGGAAACUUGCCAGCGCUGCUGCUCAGAGUGUGGGCAAAGCAGAGAGGAGCAAAAGCCCUGGCAGGAAGGAGAAUGGCGAGCGAGGGAAGAGGAGCCGCAAGAGGCCCCGCAAGGCGGAGUGUCCCUGCUGCCCAGCGCCCCAGCCGCCCCGAUCGGCGCCAGGCCCCUUUGCGUGCCGGCAGUGCAAACGGGUGUUUGAAAGCAAGGAGGAAAGGGAUGCACACAGGAGAAGAUAUGGCCCAAAGAAGGGAGCAGAACCUGUGGCCAAGAAGAAAAGACCAAAUUAG